AUGAAGCCCUAUUUAAUGACCAUUUCCAUCCUUCUGAUCUUGGUCCAUAAGACUCCAGGUGAGCUGUUCUUAUCCUACUUUGGCAAGAGCCAGAAGCAGUGGAUUCCAUGCCAGCUUUACCGUGGCACGUGCACAAACACCUGCAGAAAAUAUGAAAUUCAAUACUUAACCUGCCCUAAUGAUCAAAAGUGUUGCCUGAAGUUUUUUGUGAAAAGAACCAGUUCUAGCAAUACAAAGGAGGACUCCAACUUUGACUCCAACCUGUCAGUUUUUACAAAAACUUAA